AUGGGCCCGUAUCCAGUGGCAUCGUCUGAUCAUCAGUCCAUACAUCAUCCAGACAUCAGUCCACACAUCAGUCCAGACAUCAGUCCAUACAUCAGUCCAGACAUCAGUCCAUACAUCAAUCCAUACAUCAGUCCAGACAUCAGUCCAUACAUCAGUCCAGACAUCAGUCCAUACAUCAAUCCAGACAUCAGUCCACACAUCAGUCCAGACAUCAGUCCAUACAUCAGUCCAUACAUCAGUCCAUACAUCAGUCCAGACAUCAGUCCAUACAUCAGUCCAGACAUCAGUCCAUACAUCAGUCCAUACAUCAGUCCAUACAUCAGUCCAUACAUCAGUCCACACAUCAGUCCAGACAUCAGUCCAUACAUCAGUCCAGACAUCAGUCCAUACAUCAAUCCAGACAUCAGUCCAUACAUCAGUCCAUACAUCAGUCCACACAUCAGUCCAGACAUCAGUCCAUACAUCAGUCCAGACAUCAGUCCAUACAUCAAUCCAGACAUCAGUCCAUACAUCAGUCCAUACAUCAGUCCAUACAUCAGUCUAUACAUCAGUCCAGACAUCAGUCCACACAUCAGUCCAGACAUCAGUCCACACAUCAGUCCAUACAUCAGUCCAUACAUCAGUCCAUACAUCAGUCCAUACAUCAGUCCAUACAUCAGUCCAGACAUCAGUCCAUACAUCAGUCCAUACAUCAGUCCAGACAUCAGUCCAUACAUCAGUCCAUACAUCAGUCCACACAUCAGUCCAGACAUCAGUCCAGACAUCAGUCCAUACAUCAAUCCAGACAUCAGUCCAUACAUCAGUCCAGACAUCAGUCCAGACAUCAGUCCAUACAUCAGUCCAUACAUCAGUCCAUACAUCAGUCCAUACAUCAGUCCAUACAUCAGUCCAUACAUCAGUCCAUACAUCAGUCCAGACAUCAGUCCAUACAUCAGUCCAGACAUCAGUCCAUACAGUCCAGACAUCAGUCCAUACAUCAGUCCAUACAUCAGUCCAUACAUCAGUCCAGACAUCAGUCCAUACAUCAGUCCAGACAUCAGUCCAUACAUCAAUCCAGACAUCAGUCCAUACAUCAGUCCAUACAUCAGUCCAUACAUCAGUCCAUACAUCAGUCCAGACAUCAGUCCAUACAUCAGUCCAUACAUCAGUCCAUACAUCAAUCCAGACAUCAGUCCAUACAUCAGUCCAUACAUCAGUCCAUACAUCAGUCCAUACAUCAGUCCAGACAUCAGUCCAUACAUCAGUCCAUACAUCAGUCCAUACAUCAGUCCAGACAUCAGUCCAUACAUCAGUCCAGACAUCAGUCCAUACAUCAGUCCAUACAUCAGUCCAUACAUCAGUCCAUACAUCAGUCCAUACAUCAGUCCAUACAUCAGUCCAGACAUCAGUCCAUCAUCAGUCCAUACAUCAGUCCAACAUCAGUCCACAUCAGUCAGUCCAACAUCAGUCCAGACAUCAGUCACAGAUCAGUCCUCAGCACAUCAGUCACAUCAGUCCAACAUCAGCCAUACAUCAGUCAUCAGUCCAUACAUCAGUCCAUACAUCAGUCCAUACAUCAGUCCAUACAUCAACAUCAGUCCAUACAUCAGUCCAUACAUCAGUCCAUACAUCAGUCCAGACAUCAGUCCAGACAUCAGUCCAGACAUCAGUCCAUACAUCAGUCCAUACAUCAGUCCAGACAUCAGUCCAUACAUCAGUCCAUACAUCAGUCCAUACAUCAGUCCAUACAUCAGUCCAGACAUCAUUCCAGACAUCAGUCCAUACAUCAGUCCAGACAUCAGUCCAUACAUCAGUCCAGACAUCAGUCCAUGCAUCAGUCCAGACAUCAGUCCAGACAUCAGUCCAGACAUCAGUCCAGACAUCAGUCCAGACAUCAACAUCAGUCCAUACAUCAGUCCAGACAUCAGUCCAUACAUCAGUCCAUGCAUCAGUCCAGACAUCAGUCCAGACAUCAGUCCAGACAUCAGUCCAUACAUCAGUCCAGACAUCAGUCCAUACAUCAGUCCAGACAUCAGUCCAUACAUCAAUCCAGACAUCAGUCCAUACAUCAGUCCAUACAUCAGUCCAUACAUCAGUCCAGACAUCAGUCCACACAUCAGUCCAGACAUCAGUCCACACAUCAGUCCAUACAUCAGUCCAUACAUCAGUCCAUACAUCAGUCCAGACAUCAGUCCAGACAUCAGUCCAUACAUCAGUCCAGACAUCAGUCCAGACAUCAGUCCAUACAUCAGUCCAGACAUCAGUCCAUGCAUCAGUCCAGACAUCAGUCCAGACAUCAGUCCAGACAUCAGUCCAGACAUCAGUCCAGACAUCAGUCCAUACAUCAGUCCAGACAUCAGUCCAUACAUCAGUCCAGACAUCAGUCCAGACAUCAGUCCAUGCAUCAGUCCAGACAUCAGUCCAGACAUCAGUCCAGACAUCAGUCCAGACAUCAGUCCAGACAUCAGUCCAUACAUCAAUCCAUACAUCAGUCCAGACAUCAGUCCAUACAUCAGUCCAUACAUCAGUCCAUACAUCAGUCCAGACAUCAGUCCAGACAUCAGUCCAGACAUCACAUGUUGA